AUGGGUUUGUUUAGUGUGGAGAAGAGAAUUGCACAACUGGCGGUGCAGAGAGCGUCGCGGUUGACGGCGGCGGUUGCGGCCAGGAACAGUUUGAGCUCGAUUACGAAGUCGGAUGACAGUCCCGUGACAGUGGCCGAUUUCGGGGCCCAGGCCAUUAUUAUUAGUGCUAUUCGACAUGCGUUUCCUAAGGAUGAGGUUGUCGGUGAAGAGGAUGGUGCCAAAUUGAGAGCCGAUGCCGGGCUUCGUGAGAAUGUCUGGAAAUUGGUUCAGGAUGCUAGUAAUGAUUCGUUUGCUAGCGAGAUCGGACAAUUGAAGUCGGCGGACGAGAUGAUUGAUGCGAUUGACCACGGCAAUUCCGAGGGUGGAAAUAGUGGCCGUAUUUGGGCUUUAGAUCCCAUUGACGGGACAAAGGGGUUCCUUCGUAGAGGCCAGUACGCAGUUUGUUUGGCUCUGAUGGUUGAUGGAAAAGUCCAGGUCGGUGUUAUAGGAUGUCCUAAUCUGCCAUUACAAGUCGGUCAAUCGUCUGCUCCUGCUGCUGGUGAAGUGGCUGGUGAGAGUGGUAGCGAGGGUAAUGGGGCUUUGUUUACUGCUGUUAGAGGUGAGGGUGCUUUUGUUAGUCCUCUGUUUAGUGCUGCUACUGAAUCCAAUACUAAACAGAUCCAUUUCAAUGCCAUUACUUCGACGGCCAAUGCCACUUUCUGCGAAUCUGUUGAAUCGGGCCACAGUGCUCAUGAUACUCAAGCUGCUAUUGCCAGUGCUUUAGGAAUCACGAAACCGCCUGUCCGUAUGGACUCGCAAGCCAAAUACUGCAGUAUUGCUCGUGGCGACGGUGAUAUCUACCUCCGUUUGCCUGUAUCCAGCACUUAUCAGGAGAAGAUCUGGGACCAUGCUGCUGGAAACGUUCUUGUUCACGAGGCCGGUGGCCGUGUCACUGAUAUGUUCGGUAAAGAGCUUGAUUUCGGUGUCGGUCGCACUCUUCGCGAUAAUAAGGGUGUCAUUGCCGCCAGCGCCGCGAUCCACUCGGACGUCCUCAAAGCCGUGCACCAGGUUGUAAACAGUUCUAAUUGA